UAAUAACGUUGUGAACAGGAAGAUGAGACAGAUCUUUUCGACUGGACAGUUUAUACUGCUCUGUUCAAUCAUCGUAUUAGUUUACAAAUUCUUUGACUGCCAUGAAAUUUGCACAAAACCUGAAUUGAAGAAAUACGAAAAAGUAAUUUUUGAAAGUGAUGCAUAUAAUUAUUCUCAUCACUAUUAUUAUUCCCGGACAAUCCGCUCCAAUCAGUCUCUUCCAGUUGUUAGAGGCAGGUUUGAAAGAUUGGUUUAUGCCAAAGAUAUUGAUGCGAAAUUACCGUUUAAGUUUUACGGUGCUCAAGACAUCAAAUUCGAAAUAAGCACUUCUGGCACAAUCACUAUGUACGGUCAGGAGUACUUAGGAGAAAUUAACAAUUAUGUGGGGAGCGAUUUUUAUUCGGAAUCUGAAAUUUCGGAUGAGCAGGAAUUAUUGGCCGUCAGAGAGUCUUAUUAUCUAGAAGCUGAUAAUGAAACUUUCUAAGCUAAUUGGCGAAGACCAAAAGGAAACGAACUUUUCAGGCUCAAUUCGGUGCGGAGAAGAAGAUGAGAAAGAAAUCCAAAUAAAUGUUCCAGGAAAAUGGAUCCAAAGCGGAACGUUAGUGGAUUGGGAACCUCUCGGUGACUGUCCAAAACACAAUUCGACCGAAGCAUGUAAAGACGCAACAACAUCAAAUACAACGUGCAUUUGGUGUGAAACAGCCAACAUGUGCAUCACCAGCAAUGAUAAGGAUCUUCAUGAAUUCAAAGUAAAUGGUUGCAAGAAUAAAAAUAUUACCAUGGAGAUUACUGAAAAUAGAAAACAAAGAGAUUCAUACAAUUUCCUGUACAUUGUCAUACCACUUAUUGUCCUUUUCUUUGUUGUAUGCGUUGGCUGUGGCAUUUGGCUAUGGUUCUACAAACGGAAGAAAGUUUAUCCAUAGAUCCCACAAAGAUCUUGUCACUUGUUUCCAUCACGCUUACUUAGUUAUUUUUAUAUUUUAGCUUAAUAAAAACGCCAUAUUUUUUGAAUCAUUUCAAUUAAUUGGAAAUUGUUUCAUGGAACUAAUUUACGCUUUUACGACUGUUUAAGUAAUAACUGAUGUAUUUUGCUGAUAAAAUAUGUUCUUUUUUA